AUGCUUCAGAGGCAGUUCGUCUGUUGGCACCUGCUGGCUUUGCUUUUCCUCCCAUUUUGCCUGGGUCAAGAUGAAUACAUGGAGGUGAGCAGAAGAGCUAAUAACGUGGUGGCGCGAAUAGUGCAGAGCCACCAGCAGACUGGCCUUAGCAGCUCCAGGAGGGAGAAAGUGAGAGAGCAGAGCCAUCCUAAAACUGGGACUGUGGAUAAUAACACGUCUACAGACCUAAAACCCCUGAGACCACAUGAGCUACCGCACCCCGAGGUAGAUGACUUAGCCCAGAUCACCCCGUUCUGGGGCCAGCCCCCACAAACUGGAGGGAUGGCCCCAGAUUGCAGCAAGUGUUGUCAUGGAGACUAUGGCUUCCGUGGGUACCAAGGCCCCCCUGGGCCUCCCGGACCUCCAGGUAUUCCAGGUAACCAUGGAAACAAUGGAAAUAAUGGAGCCACUGGCCAUGAAGGAGCCAAAGGUGAGAAAGGAGACAAAGGUGACCUGGGACCUCGAGGUGAGCGGGGACAACAUGGCCCCAAAGGAGAGAAGGGCUACCCUGGAAUUCCACCAGAACUGCAGUUUCAAUUUUUUAAAUGCUUUGAAGGUGUGUAUUUCUUCACCUUCAGCAUGAUGAAGCACGAGGAUGUUGAGGAGGUAUAUGUGUACCUUAUGCACAAUGGUAAUACAGUCUUCAGCAUGUACAGCUAUGAAACAAAGGGGAAAUCUGACACAUCCAGCAAUCAUGCAGUACUGAAGCUGGCCAAAGGGGAUGAGGUUUGGCUGCGAAUGGGCAAUGGUGCCCUCCAUGGGGACCACCAGCGAUUUUCCACCUUUGCAGGCUUCCUGCUCUUUGAAACUAAAUAA